GAAACUUUUAUUCUGCGUGCGCUCCUCAUACCGCACGUACACAUCCCAACAUUGUCAUCAGGAAAAAAUUGUUAAGAUUCAGGAUUAGGAAACAAUAUUAAAAAUAAUAACUUCUGGUGUUCUCAGCUUGAUGUGCAGCUGAUGGAGCUGUGCACCGAGCGCCUGGGAUCCCCUCUAGCAGGUUUCAGAAAGCCCAGGCUCCCCGCGCAGCCAGUGCAGUGUGUCAGCAGGAAAGCAAACAGAUUGCAGGGCAUGCAGCCAGUCAGGUCCAGCAGGGCUGGAUUUUGCCCAGCAAAGUGUAGGUGUGUUUUAAAUUUUAAUCUAAUCUAAAUCUUUUAUUGGAUUUCUUAAAAGGUGGAAAAUAUUUACUAGUUUGCUUUGCUGGUCUCUCUGCCUUUAAGUGUAUUUUGACUGUAUUGUUUAUAAAUCAGACGUGUCUUGGUGCCUGUGACUUGAGCCCGGUACUGAGUACUGCUCAUUACUGAAAUAUUGCUAUAUUAUUUCAGUACUACUUCUUCUAGGAUGCUGUGAUAUACACAGCAUUUAUCUUGAAUUCUAUUCCCCUACAACUGAAGUCUGAAGAAUUUUCUAAGUAGCUGACUCUGUUUUGUUUUGAAAUCCUGCCUCAGGAUAUUAAGAUUUAGUAACACAAAUUCUCGCCUUAAAAAUAGCAGCACAAAAUGUUCUAUUUACUCACAACAUGAAUGUAAAAUAUGCAGCAUCUCUCACAUGAGCCAUAGAAACAUACCGAUACUAUCUUAAAGACAAAGGAAUUUGGUGGGAAAAAAACAUCUAUUGUUCUUCCUCUGGCGGGCAACAUGUACUUAACAGCAUUCUUGGUCUGGGAAAGACACUGCAGUUUCUAAGUCCUGUCCCCCUUUGGCAUUCUGGCACACUGGAAUACUUUUUCCUCACCCAUUUUAAGAAAAACUCUCUUAAGCCCCGUGUUAGCUGGAACACUACGCACGGUUAGCCUGAAUGCAACAUGAAAGCAGGACGUGUUUCCGUGUGUGAGCGCUUGGUCCAUCCAGCACUGACAAAGCCUUCAGAUGCUGUUGGGCUGCAGCAGCAACAGCGCUUGUGGCUUUUUACAGUGACCUGGGUGAUACUUGGAGGCAAAACACCGCCCCUCCUCCCAGGGAAACCCAUUACAGACUAACUUGAAAUGACAGAGGCUUGGGGAUUCGAAGCCAUUUUCGCACAGGGCUGCCCGUCCGUCCGCCCCAACAGGAGGGGCCCCGCCGAGGACAGCUGAUGGUGGUGGUGGGAGGAAGCCCAGCGCCAGGGCAGCUCCUGCUGCUGUCCCGGCACCGUGUGCCCACCUGGGUACAGCACAGCCAUCCUCCCCAGGGAUAGGAAGGAUGUGUACAGAGCCGGGGCUCUGUACCCUACCGCCAGGCACAGAAACCUCACGCAGGCCCGAGCAGCUUACCUCCCGUGGGGCUGAGAGGGGCACCACAAAAAGGGACACGGCCGCAUCCACCACUUUUGGAACUGCAAAGCAGAAGUCCCCCCUUACACCCUCUCAAGAAUCUGGGGCUGUUUCUCUGUCACAGCCUGACAUGAGGAGCUCCAGCUCCAUGUUUCUCUGGGGCUACAAACCAGGGCCGUUAUCACGUAACUCUGCCGUCCUGCCCUGCUGGCAGCACCGCUGGGCUUGGCCUGCUGCGAAGCCCUGCUUCUCCAAGCAGCUGGUCUGAUCUCUCUUUCCUGCUUGCAGACACCAGGAUGAAUGUGAAGAAGUACUUUAUCCGGGCCCUGCACCGCCUCCAGAAGGGCCCUGGCUACACCUACAAGGAGCUGCUGGUCUGGUACUGCGACAACACCAACACGCACGGCCCCAAGCGCAUCAUCAAGGAGGGGCCGAAGAAGAAAGUCAUCUGGUUUUUCUUAACGUUGCUCUUCGCGUCUCUGGUCUUCUGGCAGUGGGGUAUCCUCAUUAACACGUACCUCUCCUACAACGUCACGUCAUCGCUCUCUAUCGGCUUCAAGACUAUGAAGUUCCCAGCAGUCACGGUCUGCAACGCCAACCCCUUCAAGUACUCGGAGGUGAAGCAUUUGCUGAAAGAGCUGGACAAGCUGAUCGAGGCGGCUCUGGAGAGGAUCCUGCAGCCCAUGCAUGGGGACACCAUCACACCCCUGCUGCUGAACGGCAGCGACAAUGCCUCCGAGGGGCUGGAUCUGGCACUCUGGAACCAGAUUCCACUGGUGCUCAUUGAUGAGCAUGACAAGGACAACCCUGUCAUCGUGGAGAUCUUUGAGACCAACAGGACCGCUCCAGGGAACGGGACCUCUCCAGGGAACGGGACCGCUCUAGAGAAUGGGAUCUCUCCAGGGAACGGGACGGCUCCAGGGAAUGGGACUGCUCCAGGGAAUGGGACUGCUCCAGGAAACGGGACCACUGCUGCUCCUCCUGCCCCGUCCAACACCACAUCCGAAGAGAAGAAGUACAAGCUGGCAGUGAAGCUGUGCAGCCACCAGGGCUCCAACAACUGCACCUACAGGAACUUCACCAGUGCAGCACAGGCGGUGACGGAGUGGUACAUCCUGCAGUCCACCAGCAUCCUCUCCAAAGUCCCACUGCAAGAAAGAAUCAGGAUGGGCUACCAGGCAGAAGACAUGAUCCUGGCGUGUCUCUACGGGGCUGAACCCUGCAACUACAAGAAUUUCACCCAAAUCUAUCACCCAGACCACGGUAACUGCUACAUCUUUAACUGGGGCAUGGACAAAGAGGCUUUGAAUUCUUCCAACCCUGGAGCCGAGUUUGGGCUGAAGCUGAUUCUGGACAUCAGCCAGCAGGACUAUAUCCCCUACCUGUCAUCUGCUGCUGGGGCACGGCUGAUGCUGCAUCAACAGAAGAGCUUCCCAUUUCUUAAGGAUCAGGGCAUCUAUGCGAUGGCUGGGACGGAAACCUCCAUUGGCGUGUUGGUGGAUGAACUAGAGCGGAUGGGCUAUCCCUACAGUGACUGUACCAUGAAUGGGUCUGAUGUCCCUGUAAAAAACCUUUACAGUGAAUACAAUACUUCCUACUCCAUACAGGCUUGCCUGCGUUCCUGUUUCCAAAAUCACAUGGCUGAAAUCUGUGGAUGUGGUCACUAUAUGUUUCCUUUACCUGAAGGGGUAACUUACUGCAACAAUGACGAUAACCCAGGCUGGGCAUACUGCUAUUCAUCACUGAGAUCAAGUAUAAGACAGAGACAAAUUUGCAUUGACUCUUGUAAGGAACAUGCAAGUAAUGACACGCAGUAUAAAAUGACCAUCUCUAUGGCAGACUGGCCAUCUGAAGCUUCAGAGGACUGGAUUUUCCAUAUUUUGUCUUAUGAAAGGGACAUGUCAACAAAUGUGACUCUGGACAGGAACGGCAUCAUCAAGCUGAACAUCUACUUCCAGGAAUACAACUACCGCACGAUCUCGGAGUCUGCUGCCACGACGAUUGUUUGGCUGCUGUCGAGCCUGGGAGGCCAGUUCGGGUUCUGGAUGGGCGGCUCCGUGCUGUGCCUCAUAGAGUUCGGGGAAAUCAUCAUAGACUCCCUGUGGAUCACCGUUAUCAACGUCAUCGGCUGGUGCAAAGGCCUGAAGCAGAAGCGGGCGCAGGCGCGGUACCCGGACGCACCGCCCACGGUGUCGGAGCUGGUGGAGGCUCACACGAACCUGGGCUUCCAGCACGAGGAGGCCGGCGCUGUCCCCAGCCAUGGCACCCCGCGGGGCGAGGCGCUGCCCCUCGAGCCCGGCACCCCGCCGCCCAACUACGACUCGCUGCGCGUGCGGCCGCUGGACACCCUGGGCCCGGACAGCGAUGCAGAGACCGAGUAAGCAGCGCACCCGCUGCCCCCCGUGGACUGAGCUGCUGCUGCCGUGCUCGGUUCACAGCUCGCUGAGCAGCCCCCGAUGCUUUGGCAAAAUCAGGAAGGAGCCAAAAGCCCUCGCUCUCCUCCCCUCCCCUAAAAUGUUCACUGUGAAGAAGCUCUAUAAUAAAUCCUGCAAUAAAUCUCAGAGUCUGCGUCAGGCUCUGACUUUAGCACACAGAGCUUGUAUGAAUCGACUAGUGAUAUAAUAACCCACUGUUUCUCUCUGAUGAGCAGCCAUGCGCACAGGCAUGUGUGGAGCUCUUCCUCGUGGGCAGCUUGGAGGAUGCAGAGCUCCUGGGUCUGCCCAAGGGUCUGCGGUGCCAGAGGCUGCCAGAGGCACGAGGAAGCAGCGCUGCGAGGCAGCAGUGCUGGGAGGGGACCCAGGAGCCCUCCAAGGUGCAAGAGCAGGAACUGUCACGGCCCGUUGGACAGAGACUGCAGUUUGUGCUGCAAGUGUGUGCUGCAUUACGGGCCGAGCCAGAUCUGCAGGGCCCCAGACUGCUUUUGACUAGAGAUUUCCACGUCUAAUGACUCUGAUGUAAACAGAGUGAAAAGAACAUCCUUUUGCUGCUUGGAGGCUUGCACGCUCUGUAGUCUGUUUGCUGCUCAGGAGUUGUUAAUGCUCGCCCUGAGGUGAGCGCACCGGUUAAUGUGUGUCAGAGAUACGUACUCCAGACUUGAUAAAGCUUCAGGCGCGGAGAGGAAGUGCCAAGCCAUUUACAGUACCAUUCCUGGCAAUAAAUAAACAAA